UCCGAACGACAGCGAAGCGGUCUUCCUCCGCUGAGACACUCUCCCAGAGCCUGCUUCCUCCCCUUCUCCCAUGGUCAUUUCGUCAACCCCCCUGGCCAUCGUUGAUGAGGAGUCUCGAGAUAGAAGCGGUUUGGCCGGCGCCGAGGCCCUGUUCCCCUCGACCGUGUUCUCGACCCAAUGUCCGCCGUUUGACUGGCGCCCUCGAACGAACGGAGCUGUCCACCACCUCAGGACCCCUUCCUCGGUAAUCAGGCCAGGCUCCACUCCGCCCGCUUCCUGAUCGCGCCGUCCCCUCCCAAUCCUUCUGUUGCACAUGUUCGUGUAAUCGCGCGCGCAUUCACGCCACCGCGACCGUGCUGUGCGUAUCUGGACCUGUGCGAAUGCGUCAUUGCGAGGCGUGGAAUUGGGGUGAGCGCCUUACGGCCUCCUCGACAAUCGUGUCCGCAGGUGUUGGCUGCAGCUCCAUUAGGGAUGGACGGCAGAGGGAUAAAAGCGCGUACUGGACGAGGGGGAGUCUCCAAGCUCACAGCUACAGUCGAAGCUCCUCCUCCUUCCUCCUCCUCACCGAACCUCUUCGUCCGAUCUCCAAACUCCCGAGAUGUUCACUAAGACCGUUGUCCUCGCUGUGACCCUCGCCUCUGCGUUCUCUGUCGCGACUGCGGCAGCCGCAAACCCGGUGUACACCGGCAGUGCGAUGCUCGGGUUCUACCAAGUCACGGCGUGCGACUGCCCGCCCUGGAACGGCCCGUUCGCGGCUGCCAUGCCCAUCGAGCUCACUUACGGCUUCGUCUGCUGCAACGAUCAGAUCACCGUCACCAUGGGCGGGGUGAGCACCACGGCUGUGUUCUCCGGGUACUUCGAUGGCGGCGAGGGCACGCAGAACAUCGCGCUGAGCCCGGUCGCGUUUACCUCCAUCUCGGGCACGCCCCAGGCCGUCGAGAUGGACGACGCAACCUGGUCGUUCAUCUGAGCGGAGCCGCGCAAAAAUGCACGAAACGGGUAUAUAAUUAAUUACUCGGACGGACAUAGAAUUCUCUUCGUUUGUUCGCGAACACUGCAGAUACAUACUUAGAUUGCGUGCUUUCUGUCUCCUGUUGUGUGUGUGUGGAAAUAUGAUGAUUGUUCUCACAUUAAAAUGAAGCUCUC